CGGAAGUGAUGUCACACACGCGGAAGUAGCCAUUUAGCGCCAAAGCUUGAGUUGGACAGAAGGACGGAAGCAAAACAUGGACGUUGCUCGCAAAAUAAAGACCAAAGUGUCCGCUGGCUUCAAGAUGCGGGGACUAAUACUGCGACCUGAAGCCAGCAGGUACCUCGUAGAGGCGCUGGAGUCCGUCGAUCCUUCUGAGCUGGACGAUGUCAUUGAAAGGGUCCUGGAUGCAGUGGAAAAGCAGCCAUUGUCCUCCAGUAUGAUAGAGCUUUCUGUGGUGGAGAGUGCCGUGCAGGACUGCACUCAGUCUUGUGAUGAAACCAUAGAUAAUGUUUUCAACAUCAUUGGAGCCUUCGAUGUGCCAAGAUAUAUUUACAGUGUGGAGCGGAAGAAGUUUGUGCCCAUCAGUAUGACCAGACAUCCAGCCCCCAGUCUGUGUGGUUUGGCCAAAGACAAAGCUGAACUCUUCAGGGAGCGGUACACAAUCUUACAGCAGCGUACACAUCGGCAUGAGCUCUUCACCCCACCUGCAAUUGGAGCUGCUGUUGAGGAGGGUCAAAACAAAUUUCAGCUGAAGACAAUUGAAGCAUUGCUCGGUAGCACGUCAAAACUUGGAGAGGUGAUUGUACUUGGAAUGAUUACACAACUGAAAGAGGGUAAAUUCUAUCUGGAGGACCCAAGUGGAACGGUACAGCUGGACAUGUCAAAAGCACAGUUUCAUAAUGGCCUGUACACAGAAUCCUGCUUUGUGCUGGCAGAGGGUUGGUACGAGGACUCGGUUUUCCAUGUCAACGGCUUUGGGUUUCCACCAACAGAACCAUCGUCAGCCACAAGGGCGUACUAUGGCAACAUUAACUUCUUUGGUGGUCCAUCCACCACUUCGGUGAAGGCUUCUGCCAAACUGAAGCAGCUUGAGGAGGAAAAUGAGGAUGCCAUGUUUGUAAUUGUUUCUGAUGUAUGGCUGGACAACGUCGAAGUGAUGGAGAAGCUCAACCUCAUGUUCUCAGGCUAUGCGGCAAUGCCUCCCACCUGUUUUAUUUUGUGCGGGAACUUUUCUUCUGCCCCAUAUGGAAAAACACAGAUCAAAUCACUCAAAGAGUCGCUGAAGGCUCUUGCUGAUGCCAUAAGUGCAUACCCCAACAUUCACAGCAGUAGUCGCUUUGUGUUUGUCCCUGGUCCUGAAGACCCUGGUCCAGGCACCAUCCUGCCGAGGCCUCCCUUGGCAGACCACAUCACAGAGGAUUUCAGACAGAGGGUGCCAUUUUCCGUGUUCACGACAAACCCAUGCAGGAUUCAGUACUGCAGCCAGGAAAUCGUCAUUGUCAGGGAAGACCUGGUCAAUAAGAUGAGCAGGAACUGCGUGCGGUUGCCCAACAACAAUCUUGACAUUCCAAACCAUUUUGUUAAGACCGUCCUAUCUCAGGGUCACCUGACUCCACUGCCUCUGUAUGUCAGUCCUAUAUUCUGGGCGUACGACUACUCCCUGCGUGUCUACCCAGUACCUGACGUCAUCGUCUUCGCAGACAAAUACGACCCCUUCAGCAUCACUAACACAGACUGCCUCUGUGUCAACCCGGGCUCAUUCCCCAAAAGUGGCUUUACAUUUAAGGUGUACUACCCAUCCAACAAAACCGUCGAGGACAGCAAACUUCAGGGGCUCUAAAGGAAAAUCAAGUGCAGCUGUUUUCAUCAUGUACAUUGUCUUUGUAUGAUACUGUAUGUUUAAAAUGGACUAGUAAUCAACCCAUUGUAGUUUUUAUUUUUAUUUUGUAUGUGUCUAUGUUUUUUCUGUCAUGAAUAAUAAAGAUUUUAUUCUGGA